CAAGACGCACAAGACUCUGAACCGAAGGAAAUCUUGGCCUGCCCAUAGAAGCUCAUAAUUCGGAUCUGUGUAAUGAUUUAUUUAAUACCAUGAUACCGUAUUGAUAGGAUACUUAGUAAGAUUGAGUCACAGAGUCGAUAGAUUGUUUCGAGGGCAGCUGCGUUGGCGUCAAACAUGCGCAAAAAUUCACGCCAUCAAAGCAGAGAAUCGACGUAAACGGAAUGAUCGGUUCUCACGUGAAGUCACCCUGAUUUUUUUGCUUUAAGAGAAAGACGAAAACGCAUCGACCCCGAAAAAUAGCCUCAGCCCAACGACCGACGUGGAAAGCAACGCUGACAUUCAAGGUAUUUCUGGAAAUACGGUGUCCUGAGCCAUGGGGGCCUUCUUGGACAAACCGAAGACGGAGAAGCACAAUGCCCACGGAGCGGGUAACGGUCUGCGCUUCGGCCUAAGCAGCAUGCAAGGCUGGCGAGUAGAGAUGGAGGACGCGCACACAGCUGUGGUGGGGCUUCCUCACGGCCUGGACGACUGGUCCUUCUUUGCCGUGUACGACGGUCACGCCGGCUCUCGUGUGGCCAACUACUGUUCCAAACAUCUGUUGGAGCACAUCAUAACCAGCAGCGAAGACUUCCGUUCCGGCCCUGACUCUGUGGAGGGGGUUAAAACUGGCAUUCGCUCUGGCUUCCUGAAGAUUGACGAGUAUAUGCGCAACUUCUCCGACCUACGGAAUGGAAUGGACCGCAGCGGCUCCACCGCAGUCGGCGUGCUUUUGUCACCCGAACAUCUCUACUUCAUCAACUGUGGGGACUCCCGUGCCGUCCUCAGUCGUGCCAGUCAGGUGCGUUUCUCCACCCAAGACCACAAGCCCUGCAACCCACGCGAAAAGGAACGCAUUCAGAAUGCGGGAGGUUCCGUAAUGAUUCAAAGGGUAAACGGUUCUCUGGCCGUGUCACGUGCUCUGGGGGACUAUGACUACAAGUGCGUGGAUGGGAAGGGUCCCACCGAGCAGCUGGUUUCUCCAGAACCGGAAGUGUUUGAGAUCCCACGCGUUUCAGAAGAGGACGAGUUUGUGGUGCUCGCUUGCGAUGGCAUCUGGGACGUGAUGAGCAACGAGGAGCUGUGCGAUUAUGUGCGCUCUCGGCUGGAAGUGGUGGAUGACUUGGAGAAGAUCUGCAACUCGGUAGUGGACACCUGUUUACAUAAGGGAAGCCGUGACAACAUGAGUGUUGUUCUAGUUUGUUUCCCAAAUGCGCCGAAGAUAUCGGAGGAGGCUGUAAAGAAAGAGGCAGAAUUGGACAAGUUGCUGGAGGCUCGUGUUGAAGAAAUCAUAGAGAGAGCAGGAGAGGAAGGCGUCCCGGAUCUAAGCCACGUCAUGCACAACUUCCAUCCCGAGAGCAUCCCCAACUUGCCACCAGGAGGUGGUCUCGCUAGCAAACGCAGUGUUAUUGAGGCUGUCUUCAACAGGCUUAAUCCACAUAGAGAAGAAGAUGGGAGCGGAGGUGACCUGGACGACCCCUGGUAGCCCGAGCAGCAGACGGCUUCUGUCUCCGCACGAGAAUGUCCUCAGUUCACACAAGAAAACCCUUUGCUUACACACUUUUUUGGUUUCGAUUCCGAGCGAGUCAUAGGAAAUAUUAAACCACGAGUCUGGAAAACGUACUUGUUUUUUAAGGAUGAGAAACUACAGCAAUGUUAUGAUUUUUAAAACUGCGUUGUAUGGUAGAAUUUUAUUUUUAGUCCCUCACCCCCCUCCCUUAUGAAAUCUUUGUCGAUUUAAAGCAGUGACGAGAUCGCUUGACCAAUUGUUGCUGGAUGUUGAUUUGGAGGCGUGAACUCUAACCUCAUCCGGGUGGGCCCUGAGGGCGAUGAGUGGGACAUGAGGCGGGGCAUUUUGGACCUCGGUUGAAUGUUCAGAGCCUCUCUGCUGCCUUGCUUGUUUCUUAGAUGGGGAUCCUUUCAACUACUUCAUACCACGCAUGUGCAGCUUUUUGGAGACCAUGUACACCAAACAUGAUCUCAGUCCCUGUUCGCAGUUAAUGACACCCAUGUUCUAACCCUGAAACUCUACCCAUCCAGCCGGAUGGCAUCGACUAAACGGCCCUCUCAUGCAUCUCGGUCUGCUGUGUCAUAACUGCUGCUGGCCACAUAAAUGUAAUGUAUCUGUUGUGGAUUUUUUUGGGGGGGGGGGGUGCGAAGGGGGGGUUUGGUUUAGUGUCAUUCAUUUUUUGGUGCUUGCUGUUAAAAAAAUAAAAAAACAACAAAAAACUAGAACACUGAUCUGACAGCUGGAGAUUAUAACAAACCUCGCCCUGGAUGGAGAGGACUUUUAUUAGGAGGGAUGGAGGUACUGCAUAUGGAGGAACUUGUUUGCACCCAAGAGACAGGGACUCUGUAUUAAACAGUAAAACUUUUAAUUCUUUAUUUCUUUGUACCUCUAUUCUGCUUCAAACUCCCAUCUCUAUUUUCCCAUCGGCUUGCCUUCUGGUUUGUUUUUCUCUAUCAAAAUUGUAAGAUUUGAGAUGUUUUCCCCUCCAUCACCAUGACUCGGAAUUUUUAAAGUUUUUCUCUUUUUUUUUUUUUUACAGAUUGUAUGGCAUAAUUGGUAUUGUUUGAUUGCACUCACAUUUGGUUAUAAAAAUACUAAAAUCUAUAUGAAAGAAACUAUGAGAAGGUAGGUAGAGUAUUUCUUAAGUGAAACUGCAGAAAUAUGUAUGUGUAUAUAGCUAUAUAUUUUUCUCCUUUAACAAUGGAGUGAAAGAGUCUCCUCGGACUGGAUGAUAGGUACUUGAAUAUUCAUUGAGUGUUUUGAUCUUUUUUAAUCCUUAAUCUAGGAUUGGUUUUUGAACUGUGCCUGUAAAAGGUGGUCCAUUGCUGCCGGGGCGUUCUUACAGGACAGUUGGCUAUGGAUGAAUGUACCCCUUAUUCACAGUGAUACACGUAUACUUAAACGCACUUGUGUAAACGCUUGUGCAUAACACGAGUUCAUAUGUGCAUUUAUUUUUUAACUAGUUCCUUGUAUACAUUCACAUCUUCGUUUAAUCCACAGAUGAGUUCUCGUCUGUGCAUAUCUAUGACACAGACACCUGCUUUGGAGGCCGCCUUAAGAGUUCCUUUUUCUUCCCUCCCUUUAUUGUUUUUCAUUGACUUCACCUGCUUUGGUGUGUAGCUUUAAAACGAGUGUUUAAUUGAAUUUAUGAGAUGAUUGUUUAUGUAUGUAUAUAUAUUUUUGCAGUUUACCCCCUCUGGUACACAUAAAUCAUAGCUAUAUGCUUGAAAGCUUCAUUUUAAGAUAAUUGAGUUAAAGAAUGGUUUCCGGUCAAAUGGUAAAAAGUUAUAUUUUGUGCAGUGAGUACUCAAGGACAUUCAUUUGCGUUGUGUAUAUCAACAAUUAUUGAUGAAUAUUGAGGCAGAGUAUUUUAUUUAUUUCAAGUUCUGGCUUAAAUGUUGAGAGAGAGGCCUCUGUGUACGUGUGUUUUGGAGAAUGUGACCGAAUUCUCUUGCGCUUGCAUACUUCCUCUUUCUCUCUGAUUCUCUCUAACCACCUGAUGAGCCCGUGUAAUGAACGUCCCCAGUAUGAUGUUGUGAUGUUUCAGUAGCAAACAGUGAAUAUGAUCUGUUCUCCUCAAUAAAGGAUUGCUAAAGUUUGAUGUUAACACAA